AUGGCGAUUGAAUCAACGAAAAACCAAAAUCGGCCAAACUCAGCUCGAGCCAGCGAUCGAAUCAUUUUGACAACAUAUCCUGGCCAGAGUGUUGUUGACCCAGUACCGCUGGAAUGGGGAAAACUAGACCCUCAGGCACGAGGUCCAGUGUUAGUAUCACGAAACACCAAGACAAUUACUCGGCGGAAUGCUAUCGGAGCACAUGGAGGCAGUUACUCGAUUUACAAUGCUCUGGCAAUUGCUGCUGGUGAUCUUCCGCCUGAUUUCAAACCCAGUUUCGAAAACACGGAGCCGAUUUUCAAUUUUCCCCCUCAGAAGACUUGGGGCGAUAAAACAAAAAUUGUCGCAAUGGAUCCGUUUGGUCAUGAUAUAGUCCGUCAUUUCAAGAGCUAUCUUGAUUCUGGUCUGGACGUGCGGCCAACAAUAGCUAUCACCAAAGCCACUAUGCGACUGGCCGAGAUAAGCGAGUCUUUGAAAGAAGGGCGCCUUCAAGUGGACGGAGACAUUGUUGUCAGUAGUGAAGGAGAUGUUAGGGUCACCAAAGCUGCUGUUGAGCCUGUUUGGUAUCUCCCAGGAGUUGCAGAAAGAUUCAAUAUUGACGAGGGCACUCUAAGGAGGACGUUAUUUGAAAAAUGUGGGGGAAGCUUUCCAGAAUUGAUUACACGCCCAGAUAUCAAAGUCUUCCUUCCUCCUAUCGGUGGUCUCACAGUCUAUAUUUUUGGGCCUCCUGAAAAGGUUUCAGACCCAAAUGUGAAGCUUGCGCUUAGAAUUCACGACGAGUGCAAUGGCUCUGAUGUGUUCCAGUCGGAUAUCUGCACCUGCCGUCCAUAUCUUGCUUUUGGCAUUGAGGAAGCCAUUAAAGAAGCACAAAAUGGCGGUUCUGGUGUUGUCAUCUACUUCCGAAAAGAGGGAAGAGCCCUGGGUGAAGUCGUCAAAUAUCUGGUAUAUAAUGCACGCAAACGAGGUGGUGAUACAGCAGAUAAGUACUUCACCCGCACGGAAAACAUUGCUGGCGUGAGAGAUAUGCGCUUUCAGGCGCUUAUGCCAGAUAUUCUUCACUGGCUGGGUAUCACAAAGAUUGAUCGCAUGCUUUCAAUGUCAAACAUGAAGUACGAUGCCAUUGUAAAUCAAGGAAUUCCAAUCAUAGACAGGGUUCCGAUUCCAGAACAUAUGAUUCCUCAGGACUCCCGUGUGGAAAUUGAUGCCAAGAUUAAUGCCGGUUAUUUCACUGUAGGAAAGAAGUAUACGGAUGAGGAGCUAGCUCAAGUUAAAGGGAGAGGCUGGCAAAAUUGGGAGGACGUUGCCCAUUAA